UCUCGUGUCUGUGAUUAUAAACUUCAUCUCAUUCAAAGUAGAACACAAACCUAUAUCUUUAAAUGAAUCCGCUCUAGAUCAACUGACUGGGGUUCUUCAGGCUGCAUCCGCGAUAACAGCUCGUUUACAACCAGAUAAACUUUCUCCGAGUUAAACCAAACAAUUAGUGAUUGAGGUCAAUCUUUGUGCUGGACGCCAUUAGAAGCCGUUCAGUGUUAAUUGUGAGGGCGAGUCAUGGCGUCCCUGGGGUUGGAUCACUGGUCUGACAUAGUUGUGGUGAUUAUAUAUUUUAUCGGGGUACUCGGAGUUGGACUAUGGACUGUUUUCCGAGGAAACAGGGGAAGCGUCAACAGUUACUUUUUGGCGGGAAGAAGUAUGACGUGGUUUCCGGUGGGAGCUUCUCUGUUUUCCAGUAACAUCGGCAGUGAGCACUUUGUGGGACUAGCGGGAACAGGUGCUGCUGCGGGCAUAGCCAUGAUUUCCUACGAGUGGGCGAGCAUGCCCCUAGUUCUCCUUUUGGGUUGGCUUUUUCUACCUGUCUACAUAUCAGCUGGUGUAUACACAUUGCCAGAAUUCAUGGAGAAGAGAUUUGGCGGACGCCGGAUCCGGAUAUACCUCAGCGUUCUUGCGCUUGUUCUCUACAUUGUCACCAAAUUGGCGGUGAGUAUAUUUGCUGGGGCGCUGUUCAUACAGUUAGCCCUGGGCUGGAACAUGUACGUUUCCAUCGUGGCCCUCCUUAUUCUCACGGGUAUCUUCACUAUACUGGGUGGGCUGAAAGCGGUGAUGUACACGGACACUUUUCAGACGGUAAUCAUGACUCUGGGAUCGUUCGCUUUGGUCGGAAUCAGUUUUCAUAAGAUUGGUGGAUAUACUAAUUUACAGAAAAGGUACAUGGAAGCCAUACCUUCCCUUCGGAACCCUAACAGUACCUGCGGAUUCCCUCGGAGUGAUGCGUUUCACAUCUUUCGUGACGCAGAAACGGGAGAUAACCCGUGGCCAGGCCUUAUCCUACAGUCCAGUCUCGGGUGCAUGUGGUACUGGUGUUGUGAUCAGGUCAUAGUCCAACGAUCACUUGGGGCCAGGAAUCUCUCACAUGCAAAGGGUGGAUCUAUACUGGCAGGGUACCUCAAACUCUUACCACUGUUCAUGAUGAUCUUUCCCGGGAUGAUUAGUAGGGCUUUAUAUCCAGAGGAAGUAGCCUGCGUGGAUCCAGUAAAAUGUAAAGACGUCUGUGACAAUCCGGUGGGCUGUUCUAACAUCGCUUAUCCCAAACUGGUUUUAGAGCUACUGCCUUACGGUGUCCGUGGCCUGUUAAUGGCGGUGAUGUUGUCAGCCAUCAUGAGCUCCUUGACUUCAAUCUUUAACAGUUCCAGCACUAUUUUCACAAUGGACCUCUGGCGACGCAUGCGCCCACAAGCUCACGAACGAGAAUUACUCAUUGUUGGAAGGAUUUUCAUCGUCUUUUUAUGCGGUGUAAGUAUUCUAUGGAUUCCACUUGUCCGAUCUUCUCAGGGGGGACAACUCUUCAACUAUAUUCAGGCCGUGCAGGGUUAUCUGGGAACACCGAUAGGAGCGCUCUUUUUCAUUGCCAUCAUGUGGAAAAGGAUGACAGAAAACGGUGCAUUCUGGGGAAUAGCAAUUGGUCACACAUGCGGUAUUAUCAGAAUGGGUAUAGAUUUAGCGUAUCCCGCGCCCGACUGUGGAGAACCGGAGACACGACCCGGAAUAUUACUGAAUGUCCACUACACGUAUUUUGGAGCGCUGAUGAUCGUGAUUACAUCAACUGCUAUUGUUGUCAUCAGUCUUCUGACCACGCCACGGACAGAGGAACAGCUGAAAGGUGUCACGUGGGCUACAAGAAUAAAAUACGAAGACUCGGGAAAUGAUGUAGAAAUGACGAAGUCUGAGGAAAAGAAAGAGAGUGACGAUGUGCGCAAAGGGGAAGAGAAUGGUGAAGGUGAGACAAUAGAAGUGAUGGACGAUGCAAGCGAUAAUAGACCAACGUGGAGACGGUGGGUGGAUCAGAUUUGUGGAAUGCCCACCCAAAGUCAUAGCCAAGACGAUCCUCAUAUAGGCCCAGAAAUGACGCGAGUAUAUCUGAAAGAAAAUCCAAAAUGGCGGACAAUUCUGAACGUGAAUGCCGCUGUGGGUCUCAUUCUGACCGCGUUUCUGUACGGCUUUUAUCAUUAACUUUGUAAAAAAAAUGUUGUGACGUAACUCUGUAUAAAUAGAACCACUGUCUGAGUGUUAUCAGCAUGUGUACAUGUACCCAUAGAAUGAUUGUAUCUAAAUUGAUUAGAGAACAUUUCGUCAGUGGGAGUAGCACAGGGACAGGUCGGGGAGUACCCAUUGCUGCACGUGCAUCAAUUCUACGGAGAUGGUAGCUCUUGAAUCACAUGCGUUUGCCUGUUUCAUAAUCCGACUAAGUGGAGGCUGCGGUGUAGUUUUAAAAGUAUACUGUUUGAAACACUGAUGUAGAAUACUCAAAUACAGGGAUCAAAGCGUUCACAGUAUCUCCGACCCAAUCGAUAUGUAACUUCUGUGUAUUUGAACGGUUUUAGAAUUAAUAAUUGAUAUAAACACCUGUGUAUCUCCGACACGAGAACAAUUCCUUUUUGUUUAGUAGAAUUAAUGCUUUUAUUUAGGGGCCUGGGUAGGAAAUUGAAUUUCUUAUACUGUACUUAAAAAUAAAUGAAAUAGAAUUCAA